CCUUCCUCCUCCUCCUCCUCGGCUGCCUCCCGCCCCGGCGUGGCCCGCUCAGGCUGGUCUCAGGGAGGGAGGAGAUCAAAUCCCACUCCCGCAGUGCACCCCAGCCCAUGUCACCCUCUGAUUUCCUGGACAAGCUCAUGGGACGAACGUCAGGGUACGAUGCCCGGAUCCGACCCAACUUCAAAGGUCCACCCGUCAACGUGACGUGCAACAUCUUCAUCAACAGCUUCGGCUCCGUCACCGAGACGACCAUGGAUUACCGUGUGAACGUCUUCCUGCGGCAGCAGUGGAACGACCCCCGGCUGGCUUACCGCGAGUACCCCGACGACUCGCUCGACCUCGACCCCUCCAUGCUCGACUCCAUCUGGAAGCCAGAUUUGUUCUUCGCCAAUGAGAAAGGGGCCAACUUCCACGAGGUCACCACCGACAACAAACUGCUGCGCAUCUUCAAGAACGGCAACGUGCUCUACAGCAUCAGGCUGACGCUGAUCCUGUCCUGCCCCAUGGAUCUCAAGAACUUCCCCAUGGACAUCCAGACGUGCACGAUGCAGCUGGAGAGUUUUGGCUACACCAUGAACGACCUCAUCUUUGAGUGGCUGGAGGAGCAGGAGGCCGUGCAGGUGGCAGAGGGCCUGACGCUGCCGCAGUUCAUUCUCAGGGACGAGAAGGACCUGGGCUACUGCACCAAGUACUACAACACAGGCAAGUUCACCUGCAUUGAGGUGAAGUUCCACUUGGAGAGGCAGAUGGGCUAUUACCUGAUCCAGAUGUACAUCCCCAGCCUGCUCAUCGUCAUCCUCUCCUGGGUGUCCUUCUGGAUCAACAUGGAUGCAGCACCAGCGCGGGUGGGCUUGGGCAUCACCACUGUGCUCACCAUGACUACUCAGAGCGCCGGCUCCCGUGCCUCUCUGCCCAAGGUCUCCUACGUGAAGGCCAUUGACAUCUGGAUGGCUGUCUGUCUGCUCUUUGUCUUUGCUGCUCUGCUGGAAUACGCCGCCGUCAACUUUGUCUCUCGGCAGCACAAGGAGUUCAUGCGCCUGCGGCGGCGGCAGCGCAGGCAGAGGAUGGAGGAAGAGCUCAUCCGUGAGAGCCGCUUCUACUUCCGAGGCUACGGGCUGGGCCACUGCCUGCAGGCAAAGGAUGGGGCUGGGGAGGGUCCUGGAAUCUACAGCCCCCCCCCAGCCAGUGCACUGCUGCGGGAAGGGGAGACCCUGCGCAGGCGUUACGUCGACCGUGCCAAGCGCAUCGACACCAUCUCCCGAGCCGUCUUCCCCUUCACCUUCCUGGUCUUCAAUAUCUUCUAUUGGGUUGUCUACAAAGUGCUGCGCUCAGAGGACAUCCACCCGGUGCCCUGAGGCCUCCAAAAGGCCCAAGGACCUCUUGGCUGGAUGCUGCCAUGUGCCUGGAGGCUGUGAGCGGGUGUCAGACUGCUGUGUCACCGAGCCACAGACAGCAGUGAGCUGGGCAAGGGCUGUGCUCCUCUCCCCCUGCACAGCCCACAGC